UUCGCCAGUCGUCUUCUUCUUCGUCUCUUUUUUAGAGAGAGAAACAGAGUGAGUGUUUUUUGUUUUUCUAGAGAGAGAAACUGAAAGAAAAUCGCGUCCAAGGUGUGCACUUCUUCGGUAUCUCCGUCGCCGACCGCAGCUACAAUCCGCAACAGAAGAACCCAUUUUUGGGAAACAGCUUCGGUGGCGCCGCCGCCGAAUGCGGCGGAGAUUCCCUCACUAACACUGUCCGGCCUGCAACUGGAGCUCCAUUGUUGCGGUUCACGAGUGGGUUUUGAAGCAAAAUGGGUGAUACUGAAGAAGCUAAUAUAGAUAUGAUUCAGAGACUUCAGUCUUCAUUUGGGACUUCGUCUUCUUCGAUUCAGAAACAACCCAUGUCUAUGAAUCAACUUGAUAUACCUCAGUUGAAUGCGUCAUCUCAAAUUCGUGCUCCAAUGAUGCGGCAUUUUUCUCCGAAUUUUAGUGGUGAUAGUAGCAAGAGGCACGGUUUUCCGCCGUCUCAUCCACACCAGAUCCCACCCAUUUCGCCGUAUUCCCAGAUCCCGGUGCCCCGGCCGGCGAAUCAGCAGCUGGUUUCCCAGAAUUUCAGCCCGGGACCGUCUCAUUCACGAUCUUUAUCACAGCCGUCAUUCUUCUCGCUGGACUCCUUGCCCCCCUUGAGUCCAUCCCCCUAUCGGGACUCAUCAUCGACUUCAAUUUCUGAUGCGGUUUCUGCUGAUAUCUCAAUGGAGGAUCGGGAUGCGAGCUCGCACUCUGUGCUCCCUCCAUCACCAUCACCAUUUUCCAGGGGCAAUUCUAUGAGGGUCGGUGAGAAUCUUCCUCCUCGGAAGGCACAUAGGCGGUCCAAUAGUGAUAUCCCCUUUGGGUUUUCUUCGAUUAUGCAAUCCUCGCCGCCUCUUAUUCCAUUAAGGGGUUCAGGUGCUUUGGAGCGGUCCAUGUCAGGUAGAGAUAAUAAUAUGGCGGCAGCAAAGCCAGUUCAAUUGGUUAAAAGAGAAUCCACUUGGGAGAGAGGUGGUGAUAGCAAUGCAGAGGGGAUGGGUGAGAGGAAAACAGAAGGUGAAGUUGUUGACGAUUUGCUCUCGGCAUAUAUGAAUUUGGACAACAUUGAUGCGUUAAACUCUUCCGGUACUGAGGAGAAAAAUGGUACUGAGAAUCGCGAGGAUUUGGACAGCAGAGCUAGUGGGACAAAGACGAAUGGGGGUGAUAGCAGUGACAAUGAAGCAGAAAGCAGUGUGAAUGAGAGUGGCAACAGUAUGCAGAAACUGGGAACUAGUUCUUCAGCUGAGAAGAGGGAAGGAGUCAAAAGAAGUGCAGGUGGUGAUAUUGCUCCAACCACCCGACAUUAUAGAAGUGUUUCUAUGGAUAGUUUUAUGGGGAAGAUGGACUUCGGUGAUGAGUCGCCAAAAUUGCUGCCAUCGCCAGGAACCCGUCCUGGACAACUAUCACCAAGUAAUUCAAUGGAUGGGAAUUCAGCCACCUUUAGCUUGGAAUUUGGCAAUGGAGAAUUUAGUGGGGCUGAGCUGAAAAAGAUUAUGGCAAAUGAGAAACUUGCUGAGAUUGCAUUAACUGAUCCCAAGCGUGCCAAAAGGAUUUUGGCCAAUCGUCAAUCAGCUGCUCGCUCUAAAGAACGGAAGAUGCGUUAUAUAUCAGAAUUGGAGCACAAGGUCCAGACAUUACAGACAGAAGCUACUACAUUGUCUGCCCAGCUAACUUUGUUACAGAGAGAUUCUGCUGGACUCACAAGCCAGAACAAUGAGUUGAAGUUCCGCCUUCAAGCCAUGGAACAACAGGCACAACUUCGAGAUGCUCUUAAUGAAGCGUUAACUGCGGAGGUCCAGCGACUGAAAUUAGCGACUGCAGAGUUGGGUGGGGAAUCUCAGGCCUCUAAGUGCCUCGUCCCACAGCUUUCCGUCAACCCCCAAAUGUUCCAUCUCCACCACCAGCAGCCUACCCAACUCAACAUUCACCAGUUGCAGCAACAACAGCAGCAACAACACAAUCAGCAGCAGCAGCAGAAUGGCAGCACAACCACAAAGCAUGAAUCAAACCAAUAGGUUUCUAAAAAGAUGGGAGGCUUGGAGUUCUAGGAAUGCCCUCUCGAAGAAUCAUCACAUCCUCAUACGGAUCUCAAUAUUCCAUACUACCUUACUCUACUACCCUCGAUGCCUUUAUUCAUUUUAGUCUGUGUCUGUUGGGUCCGGUCCGCACAAAAGUCUUGUUUUUUUCUUCUUUUCAAGUUGUGGUACUCUCUACAAGUUCAGACUUAAGUAUGAAGUCAUAUACAGGUCUUUUAUAUUUAAUUUUUAUCAUAAUUAUAGCUGUUAUUUAUCUCUGGUAGAUAACCAUAUUGGGAAUGUAAACAUUAUUUAGACAUGUUUUGUUAUAUCAUAUGUUAAGACAGCAGAAGAGUUGAAUCGAACUCUUCCCCCAGUUGUUUCAUAUUUGUUUAUCUUUAGUAAAGGCUGUUGCAGACAAAUUUAAGCUUGGAA